AUGGCAAUCGCUCUGUUGUUUCAGGCGAUUCCAGAGGCUUUAGUGCUACAAGUUGGGGAGUUGGAUACAGCAAAGAAGGUGUGGGACGCUAUCAGGAUGCGUCAUAUUGGUGCAGAGAGAGUAAAAGAGGCUAGACUGCAGACUUUGAUGGCAGAAUUUGAUAGAUUGAAGAUGAAGGACAGUGAGAAUAUAAAUGACUUCGUCGGUAAGCUAUCGGAAAUUUCUUCAAAAUCUCAUGCCUUAGGAGAAGAGAUUGAAGAAUCAAAACUUGUUAAAAUGUUUCUGAAGAGUCUUCCUCGCAGGAAAUUUAUACACAUAGUGGCCUCUCUUGAACAGGUUCUUGACCUCAAGAACACAAGUUUCGAAGACAUUGUGGGACGUCUGAAAGCUUAUGAAGAGCGUGUCCAAGAAGAAGAAGAAAGUCAAGAAGAUCAGAGCAAACUGAUGUACUCUAAUACAGAGCAACAGACCAAUCGUGAUUAUCAUGAGGAGUAUAAAGGAAGCAGAGGAAGAGGAGGACGGUUCAAUAGGGGCAGAGGCUGUGGUCGUGGGGGGAGAGACACGUCAAGGAUAAUGUGUUUCAGAUGCGAUAAGAUGGGUCAUUACGCUUCUACCUGUUCAGAUCGUCUUCUCAAACUGCAUGAGGCACAAGAACAUGAUAAAGAUUCAACACAAGAUGCAGACGAGCUUAUGUUGAAUGAAGUGGUAUAUCUAAACAAAGAGAAGGUGAUGCCGAGCAAGUACGAAUAUAAUGGUGAGGACAACAUGUGGUACCUUGAUAAUGGAGCUUGUAACCACAUGACAGGAGAUUGUAGGUACUUCAAAAGGAUCGAUAAAGAGAUAACAGGGAAGGUCAAGUUUGGAGAUGACUCACACAUCGACAUUAAGGGGAAAGGCUCGAUUGAAUUUGUUGACCAAAACGGAGAAACAAGGACAAUGUGUGACGUCUACUAUAUACCAGACCUAAGGAGCAACAUCAUCAGUCUUGGACAGGCCACUGAAGCAGGCUGCGACAUAAGAUUAAAAGGAGAAUGCUUGACAAUGCAUGACCAAGCCGGGAAACUACUUGUCAAGGCAACAAGGUCAAGGAAUCGAUUGUAUAAAGUCGGAUGGGGAUAA